AUCCCAUUUCCACAUAUAUAUACACACAUUUUCCCAUACUGAUACUCUCACUUACACUUUCCGCCCGCCUUUCUUCCUCUCUUUCAUUUUCUCUCUCGAUCUAGAGGAAAAAUGCAGAGCUCGGCUAUUGGAUUCUCCCCUUCCCUUUCUCUCUCGGCCAAUCCUCGCAGGCUGUCAAGGAAUGGAUUCAACCACCUCUUGCUAUCCCCAUCGGACCGAUUCUUUUCCAGCUAUGCUUCGUCUCUGUCUAUUGCGUCAACUUCUUCUUCGCGACGGAAAUUAAGCGUGAUUGGAUGUUCUCUCAAGCAGAGUGGGUGGGUUGCGAGCCUGACUCCUGGUGGUUCGGAGACGGCAUCAGAUGGUGUAGUGGUUCGGGCUACUGCAGAGAGUGCGGAGGCGCCGGAGAGCCCAAAAUCUAAGAGCUUUUCGGAUACUUUGGUGCUCGGAACUCUAUUCGGGCUCUGGUACCUUUUUAAUAUCUACUUCAACAUCUAUAAUAAGCAGGUUCUCAAAGCUUUUCAUUACCCGGUUACAGUUAGUCUUGGUCAAUUUGCUGUUGGGACUGUACUUGUUAUUGUGAUGUGGACCUUCAAUCUCUACAAACGGCCUAAAAUCAGUGGUGCCCAGCUCGCCGCAAUAUUUCCAUUGGCGGUGGUGCAUACUUUAGGCAACCUCUUCACUAAUAUGAGUCUUGGAAAAGUUGCCGUCUCAUUCACUCAUACAAUCAAAGCUAUGGAGCCUUUCUUCUCAGUUGUCCUCUCUGCUAUGUUUCUGGGCGAGUUUCCUACAAUAUGGGUAGUUUCAUCUCUGGUACCGAUUGUUGGUGGAGUCGCUUUGGCAUCACUGACUGAGGCCUCUUUUAACUGGGCUGGUUUUUGGAGUGCAAUGGCCUCAAAUUUGACAAAUCAAUCCCGUAAUGUCCUUAGCAAAAAGUUUAUGGUUAAGAAAGAGGAAUCCCUGGACAACAUUACUCUAUUCUCCAUAAUUACUAUAAUGUCCUUCAUCUUGAUGAUACCGACUACAUUUUUUAUGGAAGGCAUCACGUUCACACCUUCAUACCUCGAAGCUGCUGGGGUGAAUGUCAAGCAAGUUUACACUAGGUCACUCCUGGCAGCUCUCUGCUUCCAUGCAUAUCAGCAGGUUUCGUACAUGAUAUUGCAGCGUGUAUCUCCUGUCACCCAUUCUGUGGGAAACUGUGUUAAGCGAGUGGUGGUUAUCGUCACUUCUGUUCUCUUUUUCCGCACACCAGUUUCACCAAUUAACUCUCUUGGUACUGGAAUAGCCCUUGCUGGAGUUUUCCUAUACUCGAGAGUGAAGCGUAUUAAGCCGAAGCCAAAGACGGCUUGAAUUUCUCGUGUUAGAAAGUUUUCGUGCAACAUUUUGUGAUAUAGAUUAGAAGCUACUGUUGAAAACUCUUGGUGGUGUGUUAGUCAAGACAGGGUAUAUUUGUGGGCUGAAGCCGCGUUCUUCUGUCAGUUCCGGUUGCUUCAGGUAUUGGCUUAUUCUUUAAUGGAUGUCCAUAACUAGUUGUUUUAGAUGAAUUUGACAACGUAAUAUCAAGUUUUCUUCCCAGCA